AUGUCCACAGAACCCCCCCUCCCAACCCGCGACCCAAAAACCGUCCUCGCCUCCCUCCUCACCCUCACAGAAACCCGCAUCGUGCCCCUAACAGCCCGCGGCGUCUCCUCCGGCUCAAAGCUCUUCGGCGCCGCAAUCCUCUCCUCUGACGACGCCCUCACCCCCUACACAGUCUCCACAAACGACGAACGCACCUCCCCCCUCCUCCACGGCGAAAUAAACUGCAUCCAAACCUUCUUCACGCGCGACUUCCCCGACCCCUCCGCCCGCCCCUCCCCGCGCACCGACUGCGUCUUCUUCGCAACCCACGAGCCCUGCUCCCUCUGUUUGUCGGGCAUCGCCUGGUCCGGCUUCCGGGAGGUGUAUUACCUCUUCACGUACGAGGACAGCCGCGACCUGUUUGCGAUCCCGCACGAUAUCAACAUCUUGCAGCAGGUCUUUCGCGUGCCGGGCGAGGGGGAGGACGAGAGUGCGUUGGGGAGACGGGAGCUGUAUAACCGGACUAACCAGUUCUUCACGGCGCGGAGUUUGGGGGCGUUGGUGGAGGAGAUCAAGGAUGAGGGAGAGAGGGCUCAUUGGCAGGAGGAGAUGGAGCGCGUUAAAGGGUUGUACAACGCGUUGAGUGAGACGUAUCAGGAGGGGAAGAAGGCUGGGGCCGAGAGUUCGAGCGUGUGGAACUAUAACCUCCCAGCCACGUCCAUCAUAUAUACUAUUCUCGAAAGCAUCGAGUCAUUCCGUGGGCGAGACCUCCGCAACGGCAAGGGAAGGAAUCGGUGCCGCAUCGAUCAACGUCGCAUGGCAUACGGCACUCGCCGCCGGGAGGAAGAGGGGGGCCAGUUCCCAGGACCGGCCGGGCCACCCGUGGCCGUGGCCCGUACCAAGGCAGCAAGAUCCUGCACCUUGAACGGCCGCAACACCUACGAUCCCUCGGCCCCCGAAGCUGAACCUCACCCGCCGUUCUUCGCCGGGCAGAACAUCGUCCGCGACGCAACGCACUGUGCUGGCCAAAGUAUGCCGACGAUCCCACGGCGGUUACGGACCAAGCAGACGAAGGCGGAAAUGCAGGCGCGGGGUAAAGCGGACCAGGGCGUGUAG